UACGUUUGCAUCUUUUGUAUGCAAGAUGGAUAAGAUCCUUUAGUUUCUCAGUUCCGGAAGUUAAAUAAAAUAAUCAAAUAUGCCUUCACGGGAAGCAAAACUUCGCUGGGCAAACACCUACAGAGGUAAGAUAUUUCAAGGAGACGUUCACCUUUACCAAAUGAUCACAUCGGUCACAUGGAUUUGAGAGUUGGCAAAGUAAGAGAUUUAAUGUACAAUCCUAGAGCCCACAAAUAUUACAUCACCGCCGUGAACUUUGGUGAUAUCUUCUCUGAUGUUGUCGGUUGUAUGCUUGUGAACCACUACGAGCCAGAAGAGCUGAUCGACAGGCUGGUCAUAUGUUGUUGUAAUAUCAAAACACAGUGGACCAGAGAAUCCGACUUCUACACUAACAUGUUGGUCGCAUCGUCGUCAGAUGUGGACGCCAAACUUGAGUUGCUUAACCCACCAGAUGGGGCGGAACCAGGGGACAUCAUCACUGUGCAAGAUUACCCCCGCGAUCCUGACAGACCCUACAUGGACCCCAAGGCAAAAAUGGUCGAAGAAAUCUCAGAGCUAGUAAAAAUCAACGACCGAGGACUAGUUUUGUACAAGUCAAAACCGUGGUACCUCGAGAAGGAUCCUAGUUUGGGACAUGUUUACGUCACAAAAACAGGAAAUUCCUUUCUUAGAGUAGUGUGACUUCUGGAAAAAGUGCUAAUCGUGGCAAAGCUUUCUACAGCUAGUCUUCUAGCUCUGAAAUACGUAGGGAAGCUUUCAACACAAGUCUGAAACACGUUUGAACUGAAAAUAGUAUGGAGCUUGUAUUGUGUUUGGAUAUUGUUCACCUGUAUGUAAUUUGUUAAGAGGGUUCUACCCAGUCAAUUCAAGAUGGCGGCUAAACAUGCCUCUACGGUAUAAGCUCUCAACUCUAGAACUAAUUGGUUUCUAAUGAUUGUGUUUUUUUGUGCUCUUAACAUAUCAGAUCUUGCAAUGCAUGGGGAUGAAUUAAUGUUUAAGCUAAAAUAACAUGUGAAAAAGACUAAUUUACAGAUUUUCAAAACGAUUUUGUAAAUACUUAAAGACACAAUUAGGAAGUUUCAGUUCUUGCAGGGCAUAGUUUGGAUCUUUGUGAAUAUGUUACAGUUUAUUUCAACUCGAUAAACGCUUUAAUAAUGCCACGAGGUUCUUUUUUGUAGGAUCGUGUUUACAUGGUAGCCAGCCGGCGAGUGGAACCCAAGAUGAGAUGACAAUUUGACGUACUGUAACCAAAAUUUACUGUCAGCGUUAUAGUCAGCAUAUCUUUUCUUGUAAAGUUUACAACUUUAAUGUUGUCUGUUAUUGUUAAUAUAUAUAGCAAGGAUGUUAAUGUUAUGCAUAGCAAGGAGGUGACAAGAGGAAUUAAUUGUUCAAAGGGGGGGGGGUUGAAAGACGUUAACAAGUUUUUUCUAGGCUAUACUAACACUGAACUAGAAACCUAUUUACGUUUAAGUUCGAGCUUUUAAGUAGAAAAAGUAUCACUUAAUUGAGAUUGUUAUAAAUGCAUAAAGUGUAAAACUAGCAUUAAAAUUUAUGUUUUUAUCUUUAUAAAUUACCAAACGUUUCCGACAAAGACACCAGUAAAGCCAUUCCGAGAACAAAGAAACCUUUGGGAAGCCACUGACCAUAAGGAUAUUAUUUAAAAAAGCUCUCUAGAAAAAAAUGACAAGAAAUUUUGGUACAAAAUAUAUCAUAAAACUACCUGAAAUAGCCCAAUGCGUUAAGUGUUGACAAAAUAUCAGCAUUAAGUUUCCCAAAAAUGUCUUAAUCAGCUAUUUGGUUUAUACUUGAAAUAUAUUAGGAUAUUAGCCUAUCCAUGUGUGUUUUGUUUUUUUACCACAAUCAUUAGAAAAAGUGAAGAUAUAUUUUCAAGCCGAUUAGUUUGGACCUGGAACAAUAUAUAGCAUUUUUAAUGCUUCCAAAAAUGAUUUUCAUAAUGUUUGAAUACCUACUUUUAAGUGACGUUAGAAAUGUACUAACACUUUCAACAAAAAUAAUAAUUUCUACUACUGUAUAGAAAAAAUAUUCUAUUUUGUCCUCAAAGGUUAAUAAAUAAAUUUUACCUAACCCGCCAUGUUAAACUCCCCUAUCCCAAGCGUGAUGUAUACAACUUCCUCAAUUCACGAGUGAUGUAAAGUUGAAAAAAACUCACUCGGUGGGGUAAUGAAACCCAUUUAAAUAACAUUGAGUGGAUAACCUAAAAAAUAUACCUCUAUAGAGCCAACGACGUUCAACGCUAGAAAUCAGCUGUGUGCUUUAAUUUUAUUGUUAUGCUUUGAAGAAUUUUCCUAACCUAGCUUUUGUUUGUAAAUGAACGUUACUGUUAGAAGAUGAGUGAAAUGGAUAAUGAAGCAUAUUGCUCGUAACCUCCUGUAUAUUAUUGUCGGGUCAGGUAAAAUCUUGUACGUUUAACGUUACGCAAGAGCGUGU